GAAUAUUUUUAACUGACUUUUGUGAACUGCAUUAAUAGCAAAUGUAUGCUUUUUGCCUCUUGUACAGCCUUUGGUUUUGGGCUAACUUUUGUUGACUGUUGUUGUUUUUUUACUGUCCAUUUAAAUAUUUCUAGGACUGUCAGAUUUAUUUUAAGAUAUAUAUUUGUAGGCUUUAGGACCCAGCAGCAGAGUCUGGGCCUAAGCCUCCCUCCCUUCUGCAGAAGCCAGAGCAGGCAGACAUCAGCGCAGUGCUACGACUCAGAUGAUGCACUUACAGCAGACCAUUGGAUGUUGUCUUUGCUUUCUUUAUUAAUCUGCUCAUGGUUUAGAGUGUACAUCAAUGGGGCUGUGAAAAUCGGAAACCUACCAGACAUGGUCAAAUGGCCCUUGUGGAGUGCAGCAUCUAGACAACAAUUUUUGGGGCAUUCAGGCUCUUUCUCUGUCGAUCAGGAGAGGGACAGUGGGGUUAUUUAAAGAGAAACAGUUAGAGGACCAGAGGGAUACAAGAGCAGUGGCAGAACCAAACCCCCUCCACCUCUGUCUGGAUCUUCCUGCUAACACAGUCAAGACAAGGGGUUUGUUUGGGGUGGGCUCAGUGACCAGGAAACAUGUCAUUGACUAGGAGGAGCACUUAUACCCGGAACACGAGCAGUGGCAGCAGCAGGAUGAGCUCGGACGGAGGAGGGCGUCCCGUCAAAGUGGGCUCCCUGGUGGAAGUGAUUGGGAAGGGGCAGCGCGGCACAGUGGCCUACAUUGGUACCACACUUUUUGCCUCCGGGAAAUGGGUGGGAGUCAUUCUGGAUGAAGCCAAAGGCAAGAACGAUGGCACAGUGCAGGGCAAGCGCUACUUCACCUGUGAUGAGAAUCGUGGGAUAUUUGUGAGACAGUCCCAGAUACAGCUGGUUGAUGAUGGAGCAGAUACCACAUCCCCAGAGACGCCAGAGCCAGGCACUGGCAAAAUUCCCAAAAAAGAGAUCCUGGAGACGUCCAGGUCCAGCAAGGGGCGAGGAGUGAAGCCCAAAAAGACUCCUGCUCCACGGAAGACCAUGGCCAGAAGGCCUAAGCAGCCCAGUCGAUCUGCACAUGGAAAGGGAGCAGCAUCAGGCUCCGCCUCGGCUUCAGCCGGAGAGAUGAGCAGCAGUGAGCCCAGUACUCCAGCCCAGACACCACUGGCUGCCCCGGUCAUCCCCACCCUCCACUCCCCUGGUAAACCUGAGGCUCCCGUCCCUAGUAAGGAGGAAGUCACCAUGGAAACACAGGAGGAGGAGGCUCUUCAGGCUCAGGUGAAGGAUCUGGAGGAGAAGUUGGAGACACUGAGGAUGAAGCGGAUGGAGGACAAGGUCAAGCUAAAGGAACUGGAGAAGCACAAGAUCCAACUGGAGCAGCUGCAGGAGUGGAAAAACAAGAUGCAGGAGCAGCAGGCAGAGCUGCAGAAACAACUAAAAGAGGCCAAGAGGGAGGCCAAAGAGGCUCAGGAGGCGAAGGAGCGCUACGUGGAGGAGAUGUCAGACACUGCAGACGCCAUAGAGAUGGCCACACUGGACAAGGAGAUGGCAGAAGAGAGAGCCGAGUCCCUGCAGCUGGAGGUGGACUCCCUCAAAGAGCGGGUGGAUGAGCUGACCAUGGACCUCGAGAUCCUCAAGCAUGAGAUCGAGGAGAAAGGAUCUGAUGGAGCUGCUUCCAGUUAUCAUGUGAAACAGCUGGAGGAGCAGAACAGCAGACUAAAAGAAGCUCUGGUCCGGAUGAGAGACCUGUCGGCGUCAGAGAAGCAGGAACACGUGAAGUUGCAGAAACAGAUGGAGAAGAAGAACAUGGAGCUGGACUCCCUGAGGAGCCAGAAGGAGAAACUGCAGGAGGAGAUGACAGGAGCAGAGAAGACCAUCGAUGAGCUAAAAGAACAGGUGGACGCAGCCUUAGGAGCGGAGGAGAUGGUGGAGACGCUGACUGAGAGAAACCUGGACCUGGAGGAGAAAGUGAGGGAGAUGAAGGAGACGGUGAUAGAUCUGGAAGCCAUCAAUGAGAUGAACGAUGAGCUGCAAGAGAACGCCAGGGAGACGGAGCUGGAGCUGAGAGAGAUGUUAGACCUGGGCGCCGCCCGCGUCAGAGAGGCAGAGAAGCGCGUGGAAGCUGCUCAGGAGACGGUGGCUGACUAUCAACAAACCAUCAAGAAGUACCGCGAGCUGACGGCUCAUCUACAGGAGGUGAACAGAGAACUGAUGAGUCAGCAGGAGGCCUCUGCGGAACUGCAGCAGCAGCCACCAGCUGAGAUGUUUGACUUCAAGAUAAAGUUUGCUGAGACCAAGGCCUACGCCAAGGCAAUUGAGAUGGAGCUGAGGAAGAUGGAGGUGAGUCAGGCUAACAGACACGUUUCCCUCCUCACCUCCUUCAUGCCUGAAUCGUUCCUUCGUCACGGAGGAGACCACGACUGCAUCCUGGUGCUGCUGCUCAUCCCCAGGCUCAUCUGCAAGGCGGAGCUGGUCAGUAAACAGGCUCAGGAGAAGUUUGACCUGAAUGAGAACUGUGUGGAGAGAACAGGACUGAAGGGAUCAGUGGGAGAACAGCUGAGCUUCGCUGCUGGUCUAGUUUAUUCUCUCAGUCUGCUUCAGGCCACGCUGCAUAAAUAUGAACAGGCUCUGUCUCAGUGCAGUGUGGACGUCUAUAAGAAGAUUGGUUCUCUCUAUCCAGAGAUGAGCGUCCAUGAACGAUCCCUGGACUUUCUUAUUGACCUGCUGCACAAAGAUCAGCUGGAUGAGACAGUCAACGUGGAGCCGCUCACAAAAGCCAUUAAAUACUACCAGCACCUGUACAGCAUCCACCUGUCAGAGCAGAGUGAGGACUGCACCAUGCAGCUGGCUGAUCACAUCAGGUUUACCCAGAGUGCCUUGGACUGUAUGGCCGUGGAGGUGGGUCGUCUGAGGGCGUUCUUGCACGCCGGUCAGGAGAAGGUGGACCUGGCAGUGCUGCUCAAAGACCUGGAGACGUCCUGCAGUGACGUCAGACAGUUCUGCAAGAAGAUCCGCCGCAGGAUGCCAGGAACGGACGCACCAGGAAUCCCAGCAGCUCUGAACUUUGGACAACAGGUCUCUGACACUCUGUCAGACUGCAGGAAACACCUGACCUGGGUGGUGGCUGUGCUGCAGGAAGUGGCAGCGGCCGGCGCUCAGAUGAUGUCACCUCUGGGUGAACAAGAAGGACUGUCGGCCGUCAAACUGGAGGAUGUGGCCUUCAAGGCAGGAGAACAGAUUUAUGGAUCUCAUGGAACGAACCCAUACGACAGUCUGCGUCAGUCCUGCGGCAUCGUCAUAGCAACCAUGAACAAGAUGGCCACCGCCAUGCAGGAGGGAGAGUACGACUCGGAGAAGAUUCAAAACAAGAAUCCUCCACCAGUGGAUCUGAGGGCGGCAGCCCUUAGAGCAGAAAUCACAGACGCUGAAGGUCUGGGCAUGAAGCUGGAGGACAGAGAAACAGUCAUUAGAGAACUUAAGAAAUCUCUGAAGAUCAAGGGCGAGGAGCUGAGCGAGGCCAACAUCAGACUGAGUCUCCUGGAGAAGAAACUGGACAGUUCAUCCAAAGAUGCAGACGAACGUGUCGAAAAGAUUCAGACUCGACUGGACGAGACACAGACUCUGCUGAAGAAGAAAGAGAAGGAGUUUGAGGAGACCAUGGAUGCUCUGCAGGCCGACAUCGAUCAGCUGGAAUCAGAGAAGGCAGAGCUAAAACAGAGAAUCAACAGCCAAUCAAAGAUGACCAUCGACGGGCUGAGAGGAAGUGGCUCGUCAGGGAUCGCGUCAAUCGUCACAGGAAUACCAGGAGCAGAAGAACAGAAAGCCACCAUGAUGUCAGGAGUGACAUCAGCCUCAGGAGUCCAGGUGAUCGACUCUCCUCUGCUGACUCGGCAGAUCCAAGCUCAGAGACUUUGCAUCAAACAACUGAAGAACGAGAACAACAGGCUAAAGGCUGAGAAGAUGAGAGCUCAGCUCUCCUCUCUGCCUCCGCUCCACGUGACCAAACUUCCUUCUAGAGAUGGACGUCCUGAAGUUCUCUCCAGCGCCCUCUACCGCAAAACUAACCAGCUUCUGGAGACUCUGCUGCAGAUGAGUGCUAACGUCAAGGUUGUGGACAUCACUGGGAAAUCUCCAGGUAAGGACAAUAUCAUUUUAAUUUGA